ACCAAAUGACAGGCAAACAUAUUUUUUUCUUUUUACCUUAUCCGCUGCUUUAGCUAGAAGAACAUAAUAUCUAGCCAAAAUAAAUCCCACCUGCAAGGGGAUAUUUUUAGGUAACUCUUCACGUCGGGGAAGCUCCGUGUUCUCUCCCUUGCAUCCGCACACGCACGCGCUGGCAAAAGUACAAACACCUCCGCUCUUGCUGCCGGCAUGGCGCUGUUGUCUUUAACCUCGUCUCUCCACCAACCUUGGAGGCUGUAAGCUUGCGAAGUGUAAGCUGUAAGCGUUUCCUUCUUGUCCUCCGUCUUAGGAGAGCGAACUGGACGGCGGCUCCCACCGUUAGCAUCGGUAACGUUCGAUGCACUGCAGGCGGCGGGUCUUCUACUUUCACUCCUUCAAUUGUCACUUGCUUCCUUGCUGUGUGUGUGUGUUUGACCAAGCAGUCAUCUCUUCCCGGCUGUAAAACCCGGACUAAACGAGCCUAACACCAACGCUCGGUGUCUUUGAGAGCGCCCGCGACACUCGCCUCUUUAUUCUUUCUCGCGGUGUCUGCGUUCUGUUCUUCCAUUGCACGUGUGUUGCCUGGAGAUCGUCUCGUGUCUUUUACACUCAGUUUUUCCGACUGAUUGGCGAGCACGGUGCCAGCUGGUGGUCUAGGGGAGGGGGUGGGGAGCACGAGGUCAGAACUGAGAAUUGUGAGAGUGAAACCGUUAUCUUGACACGUAGACAAAACCUCGUUUGGUCGGAAUGGCGACAGAAGGUCAUGAAGACGCUUCGGCCGCUGCUACAGCUGCAGCUGCUGCUUCGGAAUGUCAAGGGCUUCUGGCAGGAGAAGACAAGCCGGAUACAGGUAACGGGUACACGGCCUUGACCCUGCAGGCCUGUAAGGCAGACGACGACGAGGUGCUGGUCAUCAGACGACAGCUGUACACCCAGCACGAUCUUGACCAGGCCUAUCAGGACCAACGGGAGCCCAGCUCGCCCUGCCAGGUGCUGCGCAAACACUGCCAAUGCUCGCCGCGGUGCGUGGGGCGCACGGCCCUCAGUUUCCUCCCCGUGCUGCGCGUCCUCCGCAAGUACAACUGGCGCCAGUCGGCUCUGGCCGACCUUAUAGCCGGCCUGUCCGUGGGCUUCAUCCAUUUGCCGCAAGGCUUGGGCUUCGGGCUGCUGGCCUCUCUCCAACCCGUGAAUGGCCUGUACACGACCUUCUUUCCGACCCUCCUCUACAUCCUCUUCGGAACGUCGCCCCACGUUUCCAUGGGAACCAACGCGGUCAUUGCUCUGCUGACGGCUAACUUGGUGAACCGGGAGGCCGAUGCCUAUCAGGCGUCGUUCGGCUCCAACAGCACGCUUUCGCCGGAGGAAAUCAUGCACUACAAGGUCAGUAUAGCUUCGGUCUCGGCAUUCGUGGCCGGCGUCAUCCUUCUUGGGAUGGGGAUCCUGCGCCUGGGCUUCAUCACCAACUACCUGGCCAAGUCCUUCAUCGGGGGAUUCACAUUCGCGGCCGCUGUCCACAUCACGACAAGCCAGAUCGUCAAGAUGCUGCACCUGAGCUUCCGGGCCCAGUCUGGUGCGGGCAGCCUGGUGAAGACCUACAUCGAGAUCUUCCGUAACAUCACCCAUAGCAACCCCGGCGACAUCAUUGUUGGUCUCAUCUGCAUGGCCGUGCUGCUGGCGGUGAAGAUCGGCAUCAACGAGAGGUUCAAGCACAGGAUGAAGAUUCCGGUCCCAAUCGAGCUCAUCGUCGUUAUCCUGUCCACGCUUAUCUCCCACUUCGCCAAAUUCAAAGAACGGUUCGGCAUCGCCAUUGUAGGCGACGUACCUACGGGCAUGCCGGCGCCCUCCAUCCCUCCCAUGGAGCAUCUACCCCAGGUUGGAGUGGAGGCUUUCGUGACAGCCAUUCUCUGCUUUGCCUUGACGAUCGCACUGGGGAAGCUGUGCGCCAAGCUUCACUCCAUCGAACUGGACGACAACCAGGAACUGGUCUCCUACGGCCUGUGCAAUCUCUUCGGCUCUUUCUUUCAGAACUUCCCAUCAUGCACCGCACCACCGCGUACCAUGAUGCUGAGCUCUCUAGGCGCCAAGUCCACUCUUAAUGGCGUCACUUCCGCCGUGUUUAUUCUGCUGGUGCUCUUGGUUGUCGGUCAGCUGUUCGUGUCGCUACCCAUAGCCAUGCUGGCGGCCAUGAUCAUCGUCGCUAUGAAGGACCUCCUCAUGCAGAUUCGCAACACCAAGUCUCUAUGGUAUGUGAACAAGCCGGAUUUCUUCAUCUGGGUGCUGACGGCCUCGGUCAGCGUGCUGGUGGGGCUGGACAUCGGACUGCUGGCAGGUGUGCUUUUCUCCCUGCUGACCAUCCUGCUGGUCAGUCAGCUGGCUCCGGCCACUCUCCUGGGCAGGGCCGAGACCGAAGACGUUCUCCUUGACCGCAAACGGGACGGCAUCAAGCUUGUUCCCGGUAUCCGAAUCUUCAGAUUCGAGUCCCAGCUAUACUUUGCCAGCGCCGAGCGGUUCAAAACCAAGUUGUAUUCGACCGUCUUUGACCCUACCAAGAUCAAGCGGUCAGAAGUCACGGUUAAAAAUGCAGCUCCUGCCAUCGACCCUCUGGUCGUCGUCAACUCCGAAAAGAAGAGUUUGGACGGCGUGGCAAAUCUUCCAGACGGCAAGCUGUCGACGGACGGUAUCCACCACGUGAUCUUGGACUGCUCGGCCAUGACCUACAUUGACCUGGCCGGCAUAGACAUGCUGCAGAUGGUCAUGACCCGGUUUGCCAAAAGCGGGGUGGUGGUCUUCCUCACGUGCAUCCCCCCACGCACCAUGGCCACCCUCCACAGGGCGCGCUUUUUCGACACCUGCGACCGGCAGCAGGUUUUCUAUAAUAUCUUUGACGCACUGCACAAAGCCUGUGAGCCGGAGAGCAUUGUGGCCAAGCUGUGAGUGAGAGGCUGAUCGUCAUCGUCUACAAACUCUUGAAACUUACGCAUACAUUUUUUUCUUAUGUGUCUCCACCCACCACCACCUCCACCCCAUACACACACAAACACACACUCAUGCUGACAUCUUGUGUCGUGAUACAAAUAAACUUUACAAAAGCACUUUUGUCCUUACCCACCCCAUUCAUUCAAAUGUUUUGUUAGGGCUGGACAAGAACGGUUUAUUGAAAAAAUGAGAUUGUAUGAGCAUUACGUCUUCUUUGUUUCCCAUAAUCUCCCCUUGACAUCAUCACAUUGUCAUAUACACAAAAAAAACUUAAAAAGCCUUUCUAAGUAAAACUGGGAAAUUCCAAAAUAGAUGAAAUUUGUUUUUCCACAAGAUCUGGUGCUUCAAAAAUAACUGAGGGCAGGUUCUGGACUUUAACGCUGAAUUGGAACUGUACUCAAACCUGUAAGACUUGCCGCUGGUCUGUCGUCACCAGAUGGAGUGGAAUAAUUUGAGGUCGCAUUCCAGAAUGGGUCGCUUGAUAACAUAUCUUGUAUCUGGUCAUCAUGUUUCGUUCAUUAUUGCCCUGUAAAUAUGGUAAAGCGGAUUUGCUAGCAUGAGCCAAAAUGAAUAAUCAGUCACAUAAACUUACAUAUAUUUCACUUUUUACCAUUUUUCUUCGUGAAACAAAUGAACUUCAUGAAGGCAUUUUUUGAUACCUCUAAUUUUUUUUUCGUUUUUGUAAUAAGUCGGGAGGAGCAGGAAAAAAAGGUUUGUUGAAAA